CUCUGGAAACAUUAAUAAUCAGUGAUAAAAAUAGGAACGUUAUAAAUAUAUAUUUUUUAUGUAAAUUAAAUUAAAUUUAUUAUUAACAAUUUACGUAAUUUUUACAAAACGUGCAAUAAUCAAAAUUUAUUUUAAAAAAAGUGCGUUUUAAAGAUAUAAAAAUAUAUUUGUUAAAUCAGAAGUGAAUCAUCAAUAAAUAAAAGAAACACGCACCAUUGCAUGUAAAGUACGGUGUGGUCGAUGAAUUACUCCGCUUGAAAAGCAAAAGAUUCGCGGCAACGCAGUUUCUACGUGAAAAAUGAUUUCCUGACCGUGUCAAUCAAUGGAGGAUGAACUGUGUUCUCGACACGCGAUCGUUCUGUCAAAUUACAAGGACGCGUAUGAACAUGUAAAUCCUCGCGUUGAAUUUACAAAGUUAGACAAAGCGAUAAUCCUACCGAAUAAGCCCAUGCCUUCCACGAUGACAUCGAUGUUACCGGAGGAGGAUAGCAAGGCGACAAAGAUGAAGCAGAGGCUGAUGAGCAACGGCCAUGUGAAAGAGGAAACGCGUUCCUUCUUGAAUAUCUUGCGAGAAAACUUGAGCGUUUCACACUCCGAUCUCGAGCAAGGAUUCAACAGAUCGCGACAGAGACCGAGCAGGAACAUGAUCCUGAGUGUGUCCGCUCUCAUGAUCUCCAUUCUUUGCCUCGGUCUUGUAAGCUGGAAGCUAAGCUCGAAUGCGCGCGAAAUCGAGCAGCUGAAGAGGGAAGUCGAUAGCUUGAAGCGGUUUCUGGAAUUAGAUAUCAAUGAUGAAAUAAAGACUCUCAAAAAAUUGUACCGAGAAGCGAGCGAAGAUAGUGAUCCAGACGAAGCGGACAUUGAUAACGCUGAUUAUGAUUCUAAUUAUGAAGACGACAGUUCCGCAUCGCAGGACGAUUCCGAUUAUUCCCGCGCUCGUUUGACUUAUGACUCUAGAUCAUUAGGCUUUCUGAAAACUACUAUAUCGGCACCCACGAAUUCUCAUGAGACCAUUGUUGAAAACAAACAAGAAAAUUACAAAAAUAUCGAACGAAAACUUGAGGAAGAACACACACCAUUAUUAAAUCGCGAGGAGAAGAUUGGCGAUGGAAAUAGCACAGAACACAAACACGACGACAUCGUCAGGAGAGAUAUAUCUACAAAUACAGGAUAUAUUAAAGAAAGUAUCAAAUUAAAGCGAUCUGUGAGCGAUCAUACAACGGUUGAUGAGUCUUUGAUAAAUACAUCAAAUUAUCAUCGUGCCGAUCGACAUUCUACUAAGGCUAUUUCAAGUGUGCCCAAGAUGCGUCCUUACGCAAGCGAUGAAAGCCACGCAAUUAAUGCUACGAUACUCGCACUUCUGGAACAGAUAAGUUCAACAUCGCAUUCCCCGAAGAAGUAUCACACCCACGCGCGUCUACAGGCAUUUCCUCUGGUGCACGACGACCAAUUAAGCGAAGUAAUUACUCGACCUAACAGCCGCAUGAACGAAAAUCCAGAGACUAUAAGUGACAAUGGAAGAGUCAAUUGGCGGAACGCGCAUCGCAAUAUCAAGGAAGCCGAAAUUCACAAAUCCGUUCAGAAUUUCAAAGUGGCCAAAAAGGAAUUACAUCGAAGACUCACACGAAGACAUUUACGUGCACCACGGCAGAUUUACGCUACUCACUAUGGUGCGGAUAGCGCGCUCUUCACGGCCGAGGACGAGCACAUCGGCAACGGCAAAGCGCGACACAGCAAUGGCAUCUUCAAGGCAUGGCAACCAAGCGAUUGGGUAGCCGAAUUCGAUAUGACCAGGUACUUCACGCUUUCCAAUGAUGGUAAACUCACUGUGCACGAGCCAGGAUUGUAUCUGGUAUACGCGCAGAUUCACUAUCUGGAUGAGCACGACGAGAACGGUUUCCGUCUUCUGGUCAACGACAGGUCUAUCCUACAAUGCAUGGUGUAUAGCCCAGGUCGGGGACAUAAAAGCCGUUCGUGUUUUUCAACUCAAGUGACGGUUUUACAGGCAGGUGAUCAUCUGGUCCUGAAAGAUAUUGGUACAGCAAGGUAUACUCUCUUUCAACGCGAUAAAAGUUUCUUCGGUUUGGUGAAACUCGGUGAACUGAGACAGCAGCAGAAACAUCAACAAUUGAACCACAACAAUUGAUGCAUUAGUAAUUUAAAACGUUUUAAAAUUAUUGAUAACGUUAAAAAGAUAAUAAACGAGUUGUAGUCAUCGACUUCUUACCAUUUAAGUUAAGAAUUUUUAUAUCUCUUGUAAUAUAAUACAGUCUUUUUACACUCGCGUGAAUUAUUAAUAAUUUUGUUUUGUAAAGAGAUUACAUC